AUGGAGGUGUACGACUCGAUCGUAGUGGGGGCUGGAAUAGAAGGCUCGUCUACAGCUUAUCACUUGGUCAAGAAUGGACAUCACACCUUGUUACUGGAACAGUUUCCCCUUCCACAUUCUCGUGGAAGUUCUCAUGGACAAAGCCGAAUCACCCGGAUGGCCUAUGGUGGUGCUGAUUACUACACAGAGAUGAUGAAGGAGGCGUACAAAUUAUGGGAGGUUCUAGAAAAAGAAUCUGGGACUACUUUAUAUAAAAAAACAGGCCUCUUAUUGGUCGGAAAAGCCGAGGAAGAUCUAAUUGAUGGAACGGUUCGGGCGCUCCGGAAAUACUCCGUGCCGUUCACAUCACUGGACGGACGCGCUUUGGGGAAGAAGUACCCCAUGCUGAAAUACUCCCAAGACAUUACUGGCGUGGAAGACCACACUGGAGGAGUGUUGUUCGCCGACAAAGCUUUAGCUGCUUUUCAGGGCCAGUUUGUUAAGCAAGGAGGUAUUUUGCGUGAUAACGAGGCCAUGGUGGACGUAUUUCCGGGGGAUAUUGUAACAGUAAAAACCAAUAAGGGUAGCUAUAGAGGCCGGAACCUAGUCCUGACAGUAGGACCCUGGGCCACCAAAGUUCUUCCUUCUCUUGGCAUCCAUAUACCACUCAAGGCGAUACGUAUCAGUGUGUUUUACUGGAAAGAGAAAGUUCCGGGAACUUACGGAGCCGAGACAUUCCCAACGUUUUUGGCAGCCAAUGGAAGUGGGGACUUCGAUGUCUAUGGCCUCCCGAGCUUAGAAUACCCUGGUUUGUAUAAGUUGUGUUUACACUACGGUCCGGAAAUUGACCCGGACAGGAGAGAUGACACUGACAGUGCCUGGGUGCUGGAUAACAUGAAAACAUUUGUAGCUAACCAUUUUCCUCUAUUGGAGCCUCAUCCGGCAGUCACAGAAACUUGUAUCUAUACGAAUACACCGGACCACGAUUUGGUACUGGACAGACAUCCGGCUUGGCGGAACAUAAUCAUUGGAGCCGGUUUCUCCGGCCAUGGUUUCAAAUUGUCACCUGUUGUGGGUAAAGUCCUAUCUGAACUGGUCAUGCAGAAAUCACCGUCUUACAACCUGUCUUAUUUCAAGAUUGAUCGAUUUCACAAAUCAGCGAAAUUAUGAUGUAUUUAUUCAAAUAUGUGCAAUUAAGUAUUAGUCUUCUAUAUACAAACACAUUAUCCCAGAUACAUGGAAUGGAAAGUGACUGGAUAGUCACCAUUCAUUUUCUUUCUAUUUACUGACGUUUCCAGGUUGUUAUCCCCGAUAUGCGUAUUGACUUAUGGAACAUCUGGGACAUGAUAAUUAAUUACUCGGAACAUAUUUGUCUGUUCAUAACUCAGAUGUAUAUAUCGACCUUUGACCCUGAAAAAUAUUAUCCAAGAUGAAGUGUUUACUGGUUAGUUUUUUUUAACUUCGGUAUAUUUUUAAACAUUUAUACUGUGACACUGAUCCACAUUUCCAACAACACGAAGGCACUGCAUAGCGUGAAUAAUAAUGACAAUAUCAUACGGUAUUGUCAUCUGAUCUAACAUCACAAUAGGCAUGAAACAUCCAAAUGUGAUGUCGUCAAACUCUAUUGUAUGAUCUUGUUGAUAGGGGCUUUUGGCUGAAAACUGUGUCUGAUAAAAUAAAAUUUGAUGUAUC